AUGGAAGCCGACAGCUGGUGGAGUAUAGUUCGUGAAGAGUGCAUGGCAUUGCCUAAUUUUGGGUGGGCACAAUUUGCUACCAAGCUAAAGGAAGGAUUUUAUCCUGAUGACCUUCGUUGGCAAAAUCAAGAAGAAUUUUUGUCUUUGUCUCAGGGGUCUAUGUCCAUCCAGGAGUACAUAGACAAGUUCACUGAGUUGUCCCGUUUUUCCACCUCUAUUGUGUCUUCAGAAUCUGAGAGGGUAAAACGAUACAUCAAGAAGAUGGAUCCUAAGGGUGCCUACGAGAUUGCACUUAGCAUCCAUGCCUCUAACCAAGAAGAGGAAGUUGCAAGGAGCGUGAGUGUGAAGAAGUCGGUUGUUACUUUCUUUCAAUCCUCGGCUAAGAAGCAAGAGUUUGACUCUGGUAACCGAGGCAACUAUCAGCAGGGAUCUGGUUCUAGUUCGAGUUUCAGGUCGGGUUCUCACUCUAAGUGUCGUACAUGUGGAAAAGACUAUUAUCGACGAAAGAAUUGUGAUGGAUCUACAAUCGUAUGUUACUACUGUAAGGAGGUGGGUCAUAAGUCCUUCAAGUGUCCUAAAAACCCAAAUUCUGAUUAUCCUCCAGCUGUUAAAUCAGUUGAUCCUUCCGCUCCUGUCAAAAACCGCAUUUAUGUGAUGACACAGGCUGAAGCAGACGUGCAACCGGAUUUUGAUACAAGAGCUACUGUGUCUUUCAUUGCUAGUGACUUUGUUGUUAAAGCUAAUUUGACUAGUAGAUCACCUGGGACUAAGCUUUUUGCUAAUCUGAAAGAGUUUCCAAUGAUCGAGUUUGAUGUAAUUCUUGGGGUGGAUUGGUUGUCAAAAUAUCAUGCAACCAUCCAUUGUCGUGAUCAGAAGGUGACGCUUCGUGGUCCUAAAGGAAAUCGAAUCUCCUAUUCAUGUGUCAUGGUGAAGAAAGGCGUGAAGGAGUAUCCGGAUGUGUUUCCUGGGGAAUUGCCUGGUAUUCCUCCAGAAAGAGACGUCGAGUUCAGUAUCGAUUUAGUUCCUGGUACUGCCCCAAUAUGA